AUGGUGCAUGAGGAGAGCAGAGGAGAGAAAGAGGGACAUAUGGUUCAGAAAAGGAGAGGAGGGAAUGUAGAGGGUAAAGAGGUUGUAGAGGGUAAAGAGGAUGUAGAGGGUAAAGAGGUUGUAGAGGAUGUAGAGGGUAAAGAGGAUGUAGAGGGUAAAGAGGAUGUAGAGGGUAAAGAGGAUGUGGAGGGUAAAGAGGAUGUGGAGGGUAAAGAGGAUGUAGAGGGUAAAGAGGAUGAAGAGGGUAAAGAGGAUGUAGAGGGUAAAGAGGAUGUAGAGGGUAAAGAGGAUGUAGAGGGUAAAGAGGAUGUAGAGGAUGUAGAGGGUAAAGAGGUUGUAGAGGAUGUAGAGGGUAAAGAGGAUGUAGAGGGUAAAGAGAAUGUGGAGGGAAAAGAGGAUGUAGAGGGUAAAGAGGAUGUAGAGGGUAAAGAGGAUGUAGAGGGUAAAGAGGAUGUAGAGGGUAAAGAGGAUGUAGAGGGUAAAGAGGAUGUAGAGGGUAAAGAGGAUGUAGAGGGUAAAGAGGAUGUAGAGGGUAAAGAGGAUGUAGAGGGUAAAGAGGAUGUAGAGGGUAAAGAGGAUGUAGAGGGUAAAGAGGAUGUAGAGGAUGUAGAGGGUAAAGAGGAUGUAGAGGGAAAAGAGGAUGUAGAGGGUAAAGAGGAUGUAGAGGAUGUAGAGGGUAAAGAGGAUGUAGAGGGUAAAGAGGAUGUAGAGGAUGUAGAGGGUAAAGAGGAUGUAGAGGAUGUAGAGGAUGUAGAGGAUAAAGAGGAUGUAGAGGGUAAAGAGGAUGUAGAGGAUGUAGAGGAGGGUAAAGAGGAUGUAGAAGGUAAAGAGGAUGUAGAGGGUAAAGAGGAUGUAGAAGGUAAAGAGGAUGUAGAGGAUGUAGAGGGUAAAGAGGAUGUAGAGGGUAAAGAGGAUGUAGAGAGUAAAGAGGAUGUAGAGGGUAAAGAGGAUGUAGAGGAUAAAGGGGAUGUAGAGGGUAAAGAGGAUGUAGAGGGUAAAGAUGAUGUAGAGGGUAAAGAGGCUGUAGAGGAUAAAGAGGAUGUAGAGAGUAAAGAGGAUGUAGAGGGUAAAGAGGAUGUAGAGGAUAAAGGGGAUGUAGAGGGUAAAGAGGAUGUAGAGGGUAAAGAUGAUGUAGAGGGUAAAGAGGCUGUAGAGGAUAAAGAGGAUGUAGAGAGUAAAGAGGAUGUGGAGGGUAAAGAGGAUGUAGAGGUUGAAGAGGAUGUAGAGGAUAAAGAGGAUGUAGAGGGUAAAGAGGAUGUAGAGGGUAAAGAGGAUGUAGAGGGUAAAGAGGAUGUAGAGGGUAAAGAGGAUGUAGAGGAUAAAGAGGAUGUAGAGGGUAAAGAGGCUGAAGAGGGUAAAGAGGAUGUAGAGGGAAAAGAGGAUCAGUUAUAUAAAGAGAUAAAGAGGCUAAAGAGAAAACAUUAUAUGAAGAGAUAG